AUGUUGUCGUGGUUCGAGUCUUCGAGUAUAGCCUUUGGGCUAGCAGCCUUUGCUACUCUUGCCAAUGCUGCGAAUUACGAUGUCACAGUUGGUAAAGGGGGCCAACUGAAAUUCGACCCAGAGACGUUAACAGCACAACCCGGCGAUACAGUUACCUACAAGUUCUUCGCGAAGAACCAUGCCGUUGCGCAAUCUGCCUUUGCGACCCCAUGCCAAUUACAAGAUAAGGGCAUCUUCUCGGGCUUCACUCCCAACACCUCCCCUGACGUAGAGGCUCCGACGACCUUCACUAUCACCGUCAACGAUACAAAACCGUUAUGGUUCUAUUGCCCUCAGACAAAUGGGAACCACUGUCAAAGUGGAAUGGUACACGCUAUCAAUGCACCGGCUUCAGGAAACACAUUCGACGCAUACAAGGCCAACGCUCAAAAGGCUGCUACUCCGAGUACCCCCCCAGCAGGAACUCUACCCUCCGGUGGCCUUCGGAAAUUGCAUAUUGAUGUUGGCUUCGACGGAAACUUAGUGUUCAACCCCAACAAUGUGACCGAAUUAGUCGGAACGGUUCUCGAAUUCGGGUACAACCCGCAAAAUCACUCCAUCGUGCAAUCCUCCUUCGACAAACCUUGCCAGCCUCUCGACGGAGGCUUCGCAGCUCCGUUCGUCCCUACUAUGCAGACCCCUUCGGGCGUGACCUUCGAAGUCAUGGUCGAGAACACCAACCCGAUCUGGUUCUACUGCGCGCAGACCACAAAGACCCACUGUCAAGCGGGCAUGGUCGGGUCCAUCAAUGCCGCGGCGACUGGUAACAAGACCUUCGAUGCCUUCGCAGCGCUGGCAGCCAAAGCGCCACCGAGCACGAUCCCGCCGAACACGCCACUUGCCGGAACGCUGAAGGUAAACGGCACAAUCAUCUCUAACGUGGGCGGCAACGUGCUUAACACCACUGGCCUGGACCCCUCGCUAGUCGGCAACGUGCCACCGCCAGGAAGCAGCUACUCGCCGUACAUUGGGGGCAUGGCCGGCGGCGACCAGCCCGCCGAUUACCAAUGGGCGCCGUCCAUCAGCGACGAAGCCGUCGAGUUCCUGCAAGCACUGCAGUACAUCAGCAACGCGCUCGUCGCCUUCCUCUUCGACGGCUACGUCCGCCUAGCCGAAGGCGCGUGGACGGGCGUGUAUCCGCAAUCCAUCGCGCAAACCCUCGGAUCUCUCACGGCGCAAGCGCUGAUCCACCGCAAGACGUACUCGGACUCGCUGCAGCACUACUCCAAGCCGACCGUCGGCGUGUGCCAGUAUAACGUAUCCGCCUCCGACGACGUGGACGCCUGGCUGCAGGACAUCCAGACGAUCAUAACGCUCUCGAUAAGCGCGAAAGUCGACGCCAUGGCCCUGGCCGCGACGACGGACGAUAGCUGGGUCGUCCCGGCGCUGGCGACGGAGCUCGGCGCCCAGGCGCGCAUGUCCGCCGUGCUGAACAUGAUGCAGAGCCGCUACGCGGCCGCAGCGCCGCGCGAGGCGCUAAUGCCGUACCAGUUGGCUUACUCCUACAUCGCGAAUAAGUACGUGACGAGUUGCGGCGACAACAGCAUGUCCUUCGGGGGCAAAGUGUUUCCCUCGCUAGAAGUGGCGAAUAAGACCGUCGAGCCAAGCAGCGGGCGCUUGCUCGCGAUCAAGGUCGAGGUACCGAGCGGCAGUACUGGCGACCACUGGGUGGCGUGGAUCGGGCCCUGGGGCGGCUUGCAGUACACGGCCGUCGCGGCGGACGGGACGGUCGCGGUCCCGGCGAGUUUGUCGGGGUACGUGUGGGCGGUGCUGACGACGGCGAAGGAUCUCAAGGCUCGCGAUAUCGAGAGCAAGGCCGUUGCUGGGCCGGAGAUGAUAUGGACUACGCAGCAGUGGGGCUCUUGA